AUGGCUCUCUCUCAUCUCCGACCCCCGGCCCGAUUCUCCAGGAACCAUGCCCACCAAAAUCCCUUUCCUCUCCCCUCCGGACUCUACCUCUACACUACCCGCAAUCGCUCGUUAUCCUUAAACGAUCAAAUCACCCAUGUCUCGGUUCGCGAUCACCCGCGAACAACUCUUCCGGAUUUCUCGUUUCUCGGCGAUCAUUCAGGAUCAGGAUCUGAAACAACAGUACAUCACUCUUCCAAUGGCUUGACGUUGUGCUCAAAUUUUGAUAACUUUAAUUACCCGGAUGAGAAGUACUAUGUUAUUUGUAAUCUGACCACCCAAAAGUUCCCAGUACUUCCCACACCGGUGGUAUCCAAAUUCAAUUUCAAGGUUGGAUCUUACUUGGUUUUUGAUCCAAGAAAAUCACCUUACUAUAAAGUUGUGGUGGUUAGUUCUGACUCGAACGCUUCCCAACUUGAUGUGUACUCUUCCGAGAGUGCCUCUUGGAAAAGCCCGAUUCUCGCUCCGAAGAUUCACGAGGAUAGUUUCGUACAUGGGGCUGUUUGGAAUGGAGAACUCAUUUUGAUGAGUUGCAGGCGGGAUGUGGAGAUCGAUUGUGCCGAGCAUGACCAUUUGUACAUUAGAUUUGAUAUCGAUGCAGAGAAGCUAACUACGGCUCGAGUGCCAUACUGGUGGGACAGUAAUCUUUCUCGACGGGUAGAGUAUUUCGGAGAAUGCAACGGUCAUUUGCUUCUUAUACACUGUUCUUGGUUUGAUCCUAAGGAAUUCAAGGUGCUUGAGAUGAUAGACGGGGAGAAUGACUUCCGGUGGAAUGUUAAAUACGUAGUAGAUCUAACACCGUUAGGAUUGCCGAGUAGAAGUUGUGGUACGUUUUCGGUGAUGUGUGUUAUGAAUGUAGAAGCAAAUGAAAAUGAUCUUGCAGUGGUGGUAUACGACCAGGAUAAAGUCAUACAAUAUAAUAUCGAGUGCAAGACACUGAAAGGUGCUUUGUGA